UUUAUAAUGCCAUCGUUAAAUACAUCCAUGUAGAAGUUGUAUGUUUUUAACUGAAAACUAAUGAAAGAGCGUCCAAAGCGUAUCAGCCCGGAUCGGCGGUGGGCGUGUCCAGCGCGCCGCGGCCCCGCCCCCUGCUGGCGUCACCACAGCUGCUAGCUCGUCGGUUAGCGUGCUAACAGCGUCCAGCAGUGAUGAGACAGCGACGGGAUGAGACAGCAAACCUGCGAAUGAAGCCAUUUCUUCCUCCUCGCGCAGGCCUGAAAACGGAAAGCGGCGUGAAACGGAUUUAACUCGGAGCGCCUGAGUCCGAAUUCACGCGAAUCGAGAGCUCGGAGGAGCGUCCGCGAUUCUGAGGCGAUGUCGACCGUCUGUUUAUGUUCGUUUAUCAGCCGGUAACCGACGCGUGUCGCUGACACGAACGCGCAUUUCUGUCGGGACGUAAAGUUAACGAUAUUCUGCUGAUGGAUUGAGUUCGCCGUCGGUUAAGCAACCGGCGCGGUUAACGUGCUAACCGGGAGCUAGCCGACGCUAGCCUGCGUUAUUCAUCAUAAACACUCGCUGAUCGCAAGCAGCGCUGAGAACCGAGGGAGCAGCUGUCAAACUCUUUAAAUGGGGACUAUAAACGGUUUGCUAACGACGUCACUGCACCGACUGUAGCGUGUACAUCAGCCCCAGCGCACCGUUUCCCGAGGACCGCCGUGAUGGCGCACCCGCCGCCAGCCGGUUCGUCCUCCCCCGGGCCGCACAGCCUCGGUAUCCCGACGGUGAAGAAGAAGAGCGGCUUCCAGAUCACCAGCGUCCUGCCCGCGCAGGUGUCCUCCGCCAGCGCCAACAACAGCAUCGCCGACGACACCGAGAGCUACGACGAUAUGGACGAGUCUCACACCGAGGACCUGUCGUCGUCAGACAUUCUGGACGUGUCGGUUUCCCGAGCCACGGACACCGGCGUCCCCGAGCGGAGCUCCUCCGAGGAGACGCUGAAUAGUUUACACGGCGGCGAGACGCCGGGAGUCGCUUCGCCUAACGAGCCGGUGAUGCACCCGGGAUACAUGGUCAACGGCGUCCAUCAUCAUCCUCAUCAUCAGAAGACCGGGCGGUCCGUGGCUCCUUCUGCGCCUCCUUCAGCGAUUCCAUCGGCGAUCCCCGCCGUUCCGCAGGCUCCGGCCCCGAGCGCGCGCGCCGUUCCAGCGGAGGCCGGCGGCUCCGCGUCGAGCUCGGCUUCCGCCGCGACGGACUCUGCUGCGCUGCCGUCGGCGUCCGCGAAUCCUUCCGCCACAGCGUCGCGCUUCAGAGUGGUGAAGCUGGACUCCAACUCGGAGCCGUUCCGGAAGGGACGCUGGACUUGCACGGAGUUUUACGAAAAAGACGGGCCGCCUGGAGACGCCGCGUCCGCCGCUCACCGAGCCGUGGAGAGCGUCAUCCAGUCUGAACACGAGAGCACGAGCGGCAGCUCCUCCGGAAGCACCCUGAGCGGCGGCGGCGGAGACGUCCAGCAGGGCUUCGCUCCGGACGCGGGCGCUCACCUGCUUCCUCCGGCGGAGAGCUCACCGGCUCCGGGGCGGCCCUACGCUCCGCUGGAAUACGCUCAGAUCCCGGCGAACGUCCAGCCUCUUCAGAUUCCUCCGAUUCCGAGUGCGGUGUCGCCCAGAGCCGCUCCGGUGUCCAUCGGGCUCCUGGGGCCCGUGUCCCCGAGGCCCCUGCAGGUGGGCAUCGCCCCGGACCAAGCCGGAGCCCAGCUGUCUUCGUCCUCCGCUCAGGCCGAGCUGCCGCCGCUGAGGGCCCCGCUGCACCUGACGGGCCCCGCGUACGUGACGGCCUCGCAGCUGGAGGAUGCUCAGCGGCUCCUGCUCCAGCACCACACGCUGCUGUCGCUGGCUGCCGGGGGCCGCGCCGGGCCCUCUGUGUCUGCGUCGGCUCUCGGACAGGACGGAGCUGCCGGGGCUUUUGUCGUCUCGACUGGAGCUGAUGAAGACAGUUCCUCUGGAGCCAGUGUUGUGGCCAUAGACAACAAGAUCGAGCAAGCCAUGGACCUGGUGAAGAGUCACCUGAUGUACGCGGUGCGUGAGGAGGUGGAGGUGCUGAAGGAGCAGAUCAAGGAGCUGAUGGAGAGGAACUCUCAGCUGGAGCAGGAGAACGCUCUCCUGAAGAACCUGGCCAGUCCAGAGCAGCUGGCGCAGUUCCAGGCCCAGGUCCAGACCGGGUCGCCCACCGCAGGGGCCCCCAACCCGGGCCCCGGGCCCACCGCCUGACUACCUCUCUGACGAUACUGUGAACGGACUCCACAAUCAACACGGCACUCAGACAAUCUGGACUGAGCCGGACCGGACCGGACAGUAUUAGCCGACACUCAGCUUGUGUUUCUCCCCGUCUCCAGUCGCUCCGCUGGUUUUAUCGGUUGGCUUUUAGUUUUGUUCCUCUAGCUGUAUCGAACACGUAAGGAGCACUUUGUGAAUAAGACCAAACGAGCACCGCCGUGAGGACGGGCCCGACCUUUGACCCCUGACCCCUUGACCUCUGCGUCGCGUGUAAAAAUAACGGUGGACUGUGAAUCUGCUCUCAGGAUGGCUUUCCUGUGAACGAGCUGCGCUCUCGUUAAGUUAUUUGCCUUACGGUCCGUGGCUCUGGUCACACUCUGGUCGGUGCGACCUCUGACCGGUGACCUCACAGUAUGUGCAUGUUUCCUUCAAAACAAUGUGACGUCAUGCAGUUGCACUAAACUGUUGCGAAUCGACUUUAAUAAAUGGCGAGGAAAUGAAA